UUGACUCUUGAUUCUUGUCCCCUAUUCCUCUCCAGUUUCCAGCUGCUCAAAAACAAAUAGCCGUACUACUAAUCCUGUAUUGAAUAUCUGGAUAUAGUGAUCAGAUUUAACUGAUUAUUGACCAGUUUAACUCUUCUGCUUACUUCUGUUUCUCUUCGUUGAUUAAUGGAGUGAGUAUAAGUGCCACUUCAGAAUAUUACUACCUUUUAAAUUUAAAUCAUGUACACUGGCAGAAAAUCCGACAUUGUGCUUUACAAUCUUGCAUAGAGUUGUCUCUCUCUCCUCUCUGCGUAUUCUUGUGUUUUUAUUUUUAUUAUUAUUUUUUUUAAUUUUCUGUGGAAGCUUAAGAGGGAAAAGAAGGAAAGGAAAGAGAGGAAAUAUGGGUUCCGGAACAAGCACCUUCGUAAUCAGAUGGAUCAACUUCCUCACCAUGCUAAUUGCAGUAGCUGUCAUUUGUUUUGGGGUGUGGAUGAAUACUCACCAAGACGGCUGCCGAAAGUCACUCGCUUUCCCUGUUCUAGGUCUUGGCGGCCUCAUUCUUCUCAUAUCUUUAAUUGGGUUUAUGGGCGCAUUGAAGAAUAUCUCCAUAUUGCUCUGGAUUUAUCUAGUGAUGUUAUGCCUGAUCUUAGUGGGAAUUCUGGUAUUCACAGUACUAGCGUUCAUUGUAACAAAUAAUGGAUCUGGUCAUUCCAAAGCUGGUAUUCGGUACAAGGAGUAUCAACUUCAAGAUUACAGUUCUUGGUUUUUGAAAGAAUUGAAUAACACACGGAACUGGGAGCAAUUGAAGACCUGUCUUGUGAAAUCUGAAGACUGUAAUAAUCUCUCCAAGAAAUAUAAGACUCUUAAACAGUACAAAAUGGCAAAACUCACCCCUAUUGAGGCUGGUUGUUGUCGACCACCAUCUGAGUGUGGCUACCCUGCUGUAAAUGCUUCAUAUUAUGACUUGAGUUUUCAUCCGGUUAGUUCUAACAAUGACUGCAAACUCUACAAAAACUCCCGAGCCAUAAGGUGUUACAGUUGUGAUUCUUGCAAGGCUGGAGUUGCGCAAUACAUGAAAACUGAAUGGAGAGUGGUUGCGAUCUUUAAUGUGAUUCUGUUUGUUGUCUUGUCAAUGAUCUACUUUGUGGGAUGCUGUGCAAGAAGAAAUGCUGCCAGGAGUUGUUCGUCCAAAGUUUGAAAAGAACUGCUCUCCCAAUACGUCACUCGCGAGGAAAUUAAGACUCAUUUCCCAAUAUUCAUGGAUUAUUCCAUGCAUUCACAAAGAUGAAGGCAACGGGUAAUGAGAAAUGUACAAUGUUGGCAUUCCUUUGGGUCUGCAGUUGUGGAUUUUUUUUUUUCCCUACAGGCAGUGAAAGCAUAAUUCUGAGUUUGUUGCUUUCAUAUUAGGGUGUUGUCAUCAUCCAAAGCCUUAUCUCAAUUUCAUGGGGUUGGUUACAUGAAUCCUAUUUCGCCAUUUCAUUCUGUUCAAAGCCAUAUUCAUUGUAGGGUGUGUGCAAUGACGGGAAUAUUAAUCCAUCAAUGGACCUAGAAAGUGCA